AUGAUGGAGAAAGGCAUAUGGUUGCUUGAAAUGAUUGUAUCGGAUGAAGGUCAAAUUAUUAAAGAGAAAUAUAUUAAAGAUUCACGUCGUCAAAUCGGAGAUCUAAGUAUUAGAAUUCUCUUUGGACGAUUGAUGUGUGAUAUGGGUCAAUGGAAUCAAUCACAACAUUUCUUUCAACAGUUACUGAACAACUCCAAUAGCUACAGUGAAGAUAUUGCAAAAGUUGAAUAUAGUCUCGGUGAAGUACUUCAAUGGAAAGGAGAAUGGAGUGAAGCACGUAAAUAUUAUGAUUAUGCUUAUGAUCGGAUGAUCACUGUAAAACCAACACAAACCAAGGAUAUAGCUAAUGUACUUUAUAAAAUUGGUGAGAUUCUUUAUCAAGAAGGAAAGUAUGAAGAAGCUCGUGAUUAUUAUGAACGAGUAUUUGCAAUGAGAAAAGAAAAUUAUUCUUCUGUUGAGAUCGAUAGGUCGUAUUCAUCAAAUCAGAAACGCAGAAAUGUGUUGAGUCGUGUUCGUGCGUCGUUCCGAUUGGUUUCAUCGAGUUCUAACAGAUUAUUUCAAUCAUAUUCUUCAUGGCUUCGAACUAGAGAUUUUCGACAAAUCUCUCAUUGGUUUCAUUCGAAACAAGCGGCCAACAGAAUGGAGUUCAAUGACGAGCACUUGCACAAAACUCAAUUAGAAGAAAUUUGUCGAAAUGUACAAGAAACUGGUUGGUUACAAUUAAGUAAGACUCACAUUGAUGGUUAUGUGCCUAUUGCUAUGUGUCUUCUUAGCUUCGGCAAAAUCCUUUCUCAGCAAGAUAAGUAUGAUGAAGCACUUAUCUUUUAUAAACAAGCAUUAACAAUGCUCGAAGAAUAUUAUCAAUGUGUUCAUAUUGAUAUCGCUGUUAUUUUCAACUAUAUUAGUCAAAUUCUAAUAUAUCAAAUGAAGUUCACGGAAGUACUCGAUUUUUGUCAACGAGCAAUGUCAAUCUAUGAAACAUAUUAUCCAAAUGGUCAUGUAUACAUCGCCUCAAUUCUCAACUACAUCGGUUACAUUAUCUAUCGAGAAGGUAAGCAUGAUGAAGCUUUGAAAAUUUAUGAACGAGCAUUGGCAACACAACAAAAAUAUUAUCCAUCUGGUCAUGUCGAUAUAGCUAAUCAUCUUUGUGGGAUAGGACAUGUUCACUAUGGACGGGGAAAAUAUAACGAAGCUCUCAUAUUUUAUGAAAUAGUACUAGAAAUUCAACAGAAAUAUUUUUUUUCUGGUCAUGACGCAAUUAUUGCUACCCUCAAUAAUUUGGGCUAUGUCCUAAAGGAACAAGGACAGUAUGACAUAGCUCUUGAUUUUCAUCGACAAGCACUAGCACUUCUGGAAAAAUACUAUCCAUCUUACUAUGCAACCAUCGCUAACACUCUCAAUUACAUCUCUAAUGUACUACUUUGUCUAUCAAAAUAUGAUCAAGCUUUAUGUUAUUGUCGACGAGCACUAAAAAUGCAAGAGAGUUAUUAUCCUUCUGGUAAUGCUUCAAUAGCUUCAAGUCUCAACAACAUUGCCAUCAUGUUCUAUAUGCAAGGAAAGUACAAUGAAGCUCUUGAUUUUAAUAGACGAGCACUAGCAACUGUUGAAAAGCACACCCCAUCUGAUUAUUCCUCUAUUGUUUUUUAUAUGAAUGAAAUUGGGAUUAGAUUACACAGUCAAAACAAGUGUGAUGAAGCGCUUGAUUAUCAUCGACGAGCACUCGAAAUACAAGAAAAAUAUUGUUCAUCUAAUCAACGUGAUAUAGCCAAUAAUCUCAAUUACAUCGGUAAUGUUCUUAUUAAACAGAAAAAAUAUGAUGAAACCUUGAAGUUUUAUCAACGUGCACUCGAAAUGCAAGAGAAUUAUUAUCCAAAUGGUCAUGUGGAUAUUGCAGUAACCCUCAUUAGUAUUGGCACAACGUUUUGUCAACAAAUGAACUUCGAUAAAGCAAUCGAGUAUCAUGAAAAAGCGUUAGCAAUUCAAGAUAAAUAUUAUCCAUCAGGUAGUAUCUUCACAGCUGAUACCAUCAAUCGUAUCGGUCACAUUCUUUACGACGGAAAAAAGUAUGAAGAAGCAAUUGAUUAUUACCGACGGGCACUUUCAAUGCAAGAGAACUUGUAUCCUGAUGAUCAUAUCGAAAUUUCUCGUACUUUCAGCUUUAUUGGUAACAUAUUAUAUGAACAAAAGAAGUACGAAGAAUCACUUCAGUUUUAUCAAAACGCUCUAACUAUUCAAGAAAAACAUCAUGAUUUUGCUUAUGAAGACAUCGCAAAAACUCUGAACUUCAUUGGAAUUGUUCUAUAUCAUCAAGCAGAAUACGAUGAAGCUCUCAAUUUUUAUAAUCGAGCACUGACAGUUUACAAGAAACAUGCGUCGAGUCAUAGGUAUACUAUUACUUGUCUGGAAAACAUAGCUGAAGUUCUACAAAGACAAAGAAGAUAUGGUGAGGCUCUGGAUUUUCGACAACACGCAUUGACACUUCUUAAAAGUAACUCACCUGUUGAUCUAUUCGGAAUCGCUAGUAGUCUUAAGAACAUCGGUAAUAAUCUGUUUCAUCAAACAAAAUUUGAUGAAUCUCUUGACUUUUAUCAAAAAGCAUUAAUCAUAUUCGAAGAACAUUACCCCAAUGAUCAUACUGAAAUUACUAAUUGCUUAUCCUGGAUUGUUGCUAAUUUCAAUAGAAAAUUUGAAUUCGACCUGGCUAUAAAAUAUUUGGAAAAAUGGCUAUUGAUUGAAGAAGCUAAUUCACCAUUAAAAAAUCUUUCCAUCACGAAAAUAUUUACAUGGUUGUCACAGAUCCAAACAGCAAGAGACCAACAUGAACUCUCGCUUAUAUAUGAACAGAAUUGUUUCUUGGUACGUCUCAAAAUUUUACCACCUGAUAAUGAAGACAUUGGACAUAGUUUAUCCAAUAUAGGUAAGACUUACGAAAAGCUUCAUAAACCUAUGUUGGCACUUAAUUACUAUCGACAAGCUUUAACUAUCUACAAGAAAUGUCUACCUGACUGCCAUGAUCAUAUAUGGAGGAUGGAACUGAAUAUUGAGCGACUUUUGGAUGAACUU